UCGACCCACCGCGCCCUGGGCGCACGGCGGGUUCCCGGUGACCGCAGCGACCAGCGACCCGCGGAUGCGCAACGCGUGCCACGAACUGUCCCCGCACAGCGGCUGCCGGGCCGUCGGGGCGCCCGGGCGCCAGGAGCAUCAGGCUGCCCAGAUGCGGGCGCCACUCUGCCUGCUGCUGCUCCUCGCCCACGCGGUGGACAUGCUCGCCCUGCACCGGAGGAAGAAGCAAGCAGGCACCGGUCUGGGGGCCAACUGCACGGGCUGUGUCAUAUGCUCGGAUGAGAAUGGCUGUUCCGCCUGCCAGCAGAGGCUCUUCCUGUUCAUCCGCCGGGAAGGGAUCCGCCAGUAUGGCAAGUGUGUGCACGACUGUCCCCUCAGCUUCUUCGGAAUCCGUGGCCAGGAGGCCAACAGGUGCAAGAAAUGUGGGGCCACAUGCGAGAGCUGUUUCAGCCAGGACUUCUGUAUCCGGUGCAAAAAGCGGUUUCAUCUAUACAAAGGGAAGUGCCUGCCCGCCUGUCCGCCAGGCACCUUGACCCACCAGAGUACCCGGGAAUGCCAGGAAGAGUGUGAGCCAAGCCCAUGGGGCAGCUGGAGUCCCUGCAUACACAAUGGGAAGACCUGCGGCUCAGGCUGGGGCCUAGAAACCCGGGUGCGGGAGACUGGCCCAGGCAAGCAGGAGGGGACGGCGAGUUGCCAAGUGUUAUCAGAGUCUAGAAAAUGUUCUAUAAAGAGGCCCUGCCCAGGAGAGAGAAACCCCAGGCAGAAGAGCCGGAAGGACCGGAAGGAUCGGAAGGAUCGACGCCAGCGCAAGGACAGGAAGUUGGAGCGCAGGCCGCAGUUGCCUGGCUCACAGUGACCCCUCUCCACCUCUGGCCUCUUACCUCUGCCCUUGGCUUGCUGCCUUCUUCCCCUGUGGCCUCUUCCCUUGCCCCCUGCCCUGCUCUUUAUCCACAUCCUUCGCUCUUUCUACCUGUCUCUCCCCCGUGUUUUCUUCACCUCCUUUCCUUCUCCCCCUCCCUUUCUUUUCGGAAUUCCUUGUUUCCGUCUUCGGACCUUUCCCUCUUCAUGUACCUUUUUUUUUUUUUCAUUUCCUCCUGCUCUGCUUUCGCUUCUUCUGUCCACUCCCACCCCGUACACAGACACACGUAAGAGACGGAGCCUAUAUCCCCCCAUGUGGCUCUGUACACCUCAGCAAACAUUUUUUCUAGAUCUUUCUGUGACCCUGUCCUGACCCCACCUUUGCAGAGUUAAAAUUAAGGAGGACUAGGGAUGAGUGUGACUUGACUAGUCCUGGGAGCACUCAGCCGUUGCCUCUGGGAUGAGGCCACCUGGGAUGCGUUCCAGAAUCUCCCGAGGUCUAGCCUGAGCCCCUUGUUCAGGAUGGUGGUGUAGGAGUCACUAGGGGCCCUUUGGCUGGACAGUGACCUCAGGCCCACCAACACAUCCCUUUGAAAGUACCUGCAACAUACCCUCAGCGCCCCCCUCCGAUCUCCCUCUCAUAGUGCCCAUGACCCUUCCCCAGCUGACCCCCUCCCAAGGCCUUUGGGGACCCAUGCACAGAGUCAGGUGGGGCUGCUAUAAAAAACGAGAUGAGACUAAGUCUCUCAUCUCAUCUCAAAGGCUAUUGAAACUAAAGGGAGUUUAGAGCUGGCCCCGCCCACUCUAUUCACCACCUUGCUUCCUGCCUGCCCAUCAUACCCACGGAAAAACUGACCGCUUGGGAAGCGACAGGCUUACACACCCAACCUUCACUUAGUGCCUCAAGUCUGUGAAGGAAGCCUGAGGGCGUUUGGGGAAAUUGCUGGGUCAGCAAUUGGGAUGGCUUCCCACUUACCCACCUCCUACGUGGACACCCUAGGUGUUUUCUUUCAUUGGGGUUCCCCCAACCCCAGGCAGGAAGGACACUGGGAGGAGCCUUCAGGUAAACCAAAUAAUUGGCAAGUCUGUCCUUACCCCUGCUGAUGACCUAGGAGCCACGUGGUGGCUGGGGAGGAGUCUGGGAUUAGAGAAUAGCUGGAGAAGGCUGCGGUACAGGCAAGAGAGACUCGAUGCCAUGUCACCCCUCAGGCAGUGACCCUCACACUCACCCUACACUUGCCAGGUGAGGGUCCUCAGCGCCACCCCUGACCCUGUAGCUGUGUUUCUCCAUGAUGUCCUACUGAGAACAGCUGGAUGCCCUGUUCGCCAGGUCUGGC